AAAGUAAAUCGAGUCGAUGCGGUCCAACUGCAACAGUUUUAACGAGGUACUCGCAGGGCAUCGAGAGGACGUCAUGGCGCUACUUCGAUCUGUCAUCCUCGCCAGUGUCUUAACGACGUUUACGUUGGUGAAUCCCAAAGAAAAUUGUGACAGUUACGGAUCGUUACUGUACGAAGAUCUACGUUGCACGGCAAUCACCAAAGAUGCGGAACCAUGUCCCAGAAGUUACACGUGCAACCUGAACUUGUCGGACACCGGGUGCAUCUACAAGGGAACCUACUACGCGGUCGGCAUGGAAAUCGGUUCGGAUCUGACGUAUUCCGCGUGUAAUAUCGGUUGCCAUUGUGCCGCCCCCAAUAACAUACAGUGCGGCAUCCUGGACUGUCCCGAAUAUUUGGAACAAAAUCCGAAACCGGAGUGUUACAGCACGUACGAGUUGGGCAAGUGUUGCGCCAUAGGACAAGUAUGUAACGCACCGGACAACCGGAAACGGUGCCGGGUGGACGGGUACACGUACGAGGUCGGUCAGGAGUUUUACCCGAGCGGUACGUGUUUCAGUUGCGUAUGCCACGACCGGUACAACGGGACAUUCGACGAGGCGACGUGCGUAAGAAGGAACUGCGCCUCUCAAAUUAACCACGUGAUCGAGAUCAGUCAGUACUGCGCGCCGACGUAUUUGAAGUUCGGACCGGAAGCACUGGACGUGCUUUGCUGUCCUGACGAGUACAUUUGUCCCGAAACGUCCGAGCGGAUGGAGAUGAUCGAGUUGGGUACGAGAGGUGUGAAGGGGGAGGGUGCGGAUUGUGUUUGGGGCGACCGAAAGGUGAAGUUUGGUUAUGGGUUUAAUAAGACGUCCAGUCGGUACGGGAAGGAUCGGUUGGUGCAGUGCGAGUGCGUCAUGCCCCCGUUGGUUACUUGUAAGCAAAUUAAUUCUGAACAGAGGCAUCCCUCGAGCUAAGAAUUUAUAUAUGGACGAAUGUAGAUAUGUAAGGGUUAUAUUGAAAUGUCAUGUAAUUAAUAACAGCUCAAAAUAAUUAGGCAUAGGUAGUAUCAUAUAAAUAAGUUCGUUUUAAACAUACCAAAUAUGUUUGCCAUGAAUGUGUCAUUAUAUAUAUAUUUUUGUAUAAAGUACAUAUUAAAUCUUUAAAUAAAUAAA